AUGGCGGCGGUGGCUCCGUCAUUACUAUUCGAAGAGGCCGUGGUGAGCCUGCUUGGUGGAGAGGAUGCUAUCCAUGAUUCUUUUUUCUAUCUCUGUGGCCGACUUCUGUCCAAGAAGGCGGUGGUGCUUUCGUCGUUUUCGACGGCAAUCUCCAAUGUUUGGGGAUUGAAGGAGAGGAUUUUGAUCCGGCAGGAGGAGGAGGACAUCUUUGUCUUCCAAUUUAAGGAGAUGGAGGUGAAGAAUCGGGUACUCUCGGGGGGUCCUUGGUUCUAUAACAACUCCAUGCUGUUGCUGGCGGAUUAUGACGGAGUCUUUAACCUAGGAGCGGCGCCGCUGCAUCUCCUUGUGUGGGUGGCUGUGAAAGGGUUGCGGAUAGCGAUGCGGAAUGAGAAAGCCCUAACCCUAAUCGGACGCGUACUGGGGGACUUUGUUCGAGUUGAUCAGGGGGCGGUGCAGAGAAAGGAUCAUGUCCAGAGGAUCCGUGUGAUUCAUGAUGUUCGCCGGAGGAUUUGGGCACGACGGAGGUUUGUCUUUUCAUCGGUUGUUUCAGUGAUGGUGGAGUUGCAAUAUGAAAAAUUCCAUGGGUUAUGUGCGGCUUGUGGUUUUUUGGCCAUGGGGGAGGUCCAUGUGACUAGGGGUGGGCACGGUUCGGUGCGGAUCGGUGUUAGGCCAAAACCGCAACCAAACCGCUUCAUUCGGUUGUGCUAUAUCUAA